CACGAGUAAUAACAGCGCAAAUGGAGAGAAUUCAGCACCCGCCAUUAGCGGAUUGAAAGUGGAAAAGGCAACACAAGACUACUGGAGAAUAUAUAAGUCUUGUACAUCUUACACGAGAACGAGUAACUGGCUUAGUCUUCUAAGCUAUAAACGAAGGACAUGGAAGAUAUAUUGGUCCCUGCCCCUCAAGCGCUAUGGCAAGCGUGCAAGGCGUCUAUUGAUGAUUUGACCUAGGUUCGCCCGACAAGACACUGUCAUGCUUGUUCAUUUUCAUGCAAGUCGGUGGAAUGUCCGCCUAGCUCGUGGGCAGGUUGUUUCAAGCCCUGCGACGCGUCCGACUUUUUACGCUGGCUUGAACGCGCUGCCAAUCUCAGAAAACCAUCCCUAAUUUACCUUGGAGCACAACCAACGCAACAGUCCCUCACAUGUCAAAAACCGGAGACUUGCGAAAUAACCUUCUGAAAACCCAAGCAGAAUUACGGCACAUUCGGUACGCAGGUCCUUUUGAUGUAUAUGGAGCAAGUAAAGGCGAUCCUGCUGCAUUUCUUCCCGUCAUCCACUUUAUACUGCUCGAUUACUCCCAUAUCCUCGCCCGUCAUUUUGCAGCAAAGAAUUACGAGCUGUAUGGCAAAAAAGAUGCACGCUUCAUGGAGUCCGUCUACCGUCUUCUCAGGGAUGAAUUUGGAUAUCGGCCUCAGAUAACACGAGAACAGUUCUUCUCGAUGGGGUUUGCGGAGAGAAAACUCAUCUUUGUCGGUGAUCUGAUUCGAUUGUCAAAGACGCUGCACGUAAAUCUGGCCAGAAACAUAGCAAAGAAACAAAAAAUUGAAGAUAGCAAGGAAAAUCGAGACGUCGAAGCUCGGAAACGGAUGGACAUAUUCCCCACACAUAAUCAAUCGAAGCCAUCCUCUAGCAGCAAAGAGGGUCUUCAUUCGAGCGAUAACUUUAUAGCUCCACAAGGACUACUUGCAGCGCAAUCAUACGGGCGGCCUCCACCAUCCCACAAGAUCUUGCCAAACAAUGUUGCAAUUGUUGGAGACCAAUACUCCCCAGAAAGAGGAUCCGCUUUCCGGCAGUCACGGAAUUCAGCGGGGCGGAGUCCUCGCAAAGGUCAUGGCAAGCAACGAGACAUUCCAGAGCCGACCUUACCGUUCCGCAACACCGAUGAUUCUUAUCACCAUCAGUACCACGAAGAUGAUUCACAACUGAACUCAGAAGAUCUCACUGGUGGGGCCACAUACAGGAUUUUGAAGGACGAUCCAGAUAUUCUCUCUGAAAGAAGAUCUCAACUGCAAUCGGAUACGACCACGCUUGCGACCCGAGAACGACAGAUUGCAUUUGAAACUAGUCUUUUGUCCAGUACAUCUGUAAACGCCCCUCCACAAGUCCAGCGUCAUCACCUGCAAUACCAAUAUACGGGCACGAGAGAGGAUUCGACAGAGCUAUCUGUUAAACAAACGGCGGGCACAGGCCGUGGUGAAGGGCUGCGGCAGCCCGAAGGAAGCACGAUAUAUGAACCCGCCGAGCCACCCGCCCCCGCAGCUCCUCCUGAAAGUGCUCCUCAAUACACAGACACCAGCUAUCAAUCUCAACAAUCAUUUCUCAAGAUUGCCACGCCUAUUCCCAAAUCUGGAUUCGAUGAUACUUUCCUAACAGACGCAUCCGCUCGCAGUCUCCACUCGCCAAAAUACCUGGAUCCUAAAGAGCCACUUCGUCAAGACACUCGCAUUGAUGAAGAUACUGCGGAAAGGCCACACCAAACCACAGUCGCAAUGCCGCAGAGCAUGACUAUCAGUCAAGACCAGGGUGGCCGUCUUGGGGGACUUUCGUCAGACUUCCCGUUUCUCACACGAUCGUGGGUGGCACCAACAGCACCCCCAGCGAAUGCAUCUCCAAUACAGCCACAAGCCGCCAUCCCGCAGCAUCUUGAGGUUCACGCUCUUUUCGAUAACUUUAUGAGACUAUUCGCUGCUAAAGAGGAGGAGCUGAGACAUCUUCGCAAUCGUCUGGAAACCCUGGAGUCAAGCAUGGGCUCACAGCUCAAAGAGUUGACGACGCGUGUCAGCGCCUUAGAAACGCACAAUCUCACAAAUGGUGUCGAGUCGAAAAGAGCAGUGGAAAUGGGCGACACAGUCGGGCAUCAGCAACCUCAAGGAAACUCUGCACCUGUGGAGGAUGAACGACGGGACCUUCAUUCAUCGUCAGUCCAUGGGAUGGAAAGGAAUGGCUGUAGCGAUAAGGCGGUGACCGAUACUUCAACCACUUCAUCUUCACGCCAACAGAGUGUAACUCUGACAUCUACGCUAGUCAACAACGGGAGAGCCAUAGAAAUGCAUCAACCCCAAACCGAAGUGCGGUCGGCUCUUUCUCAGUCAGUGAAUGCUCCACCUGUGCAUGUGAAAUCUGCUGAGCAGUACAUCCGCAGUAUACAAGAGCGCAUGCAGCAAACAACACAGUUUUUAAAAGAACGGACGAAGGUUACACCUUUGAUGCAUGGCGAUGGCAGACUUGCUCAGAUUGGGUGAAGGAAAGCGGCAGUCUUAUUUGAAAAUGUAUUAGAUUGGCCGCUCUGAGAGCGGUUUAUAAUAUUGAGGAUCCAAUCCGGCACGCAGUCUGUCCUCUGGAAGCAAGCGCUAAGUGUCUGCCGUGGAUGGUACCAUAUGGAUA